AUGUCCCUAAGAAAGCGGAAGGAAAGGGAAUCUUCUUCUUCGUGCUCGUCUACAUCUCUCCAUCCUCAGAAGAAGGCAUCGAUUGAACCAGAUCUUGAUUCACGGAGGGCCGCCGUUCGAGCUUGGGGAAAUCAGAGCCUUGCUGCAGCUGAUCCCGAUAUAUCUGAGAUCAUGGAGAAGGAAAAGCAGAGGCAGUUUAAGGGUAUUGAGCUUAUUGCUUCGGAGAAUUUCGUUUGCAAGGCCGUUCUGGAUGCACUUGGCAGCCAUCUGACUAAUAAAUACUCCGAAGGGCUUCCUGGCGCACGUUAUUAUAUCGGUAAUCAGUACAUCGAUCAGAUCGAGAAGCUGUGUUGGGAACGUGCAUUGGCGGCCUUCAGUCUUGACCCAGAAUGCUGGGGCGUUAAUGUGCAGCCGUACUCUUGUACCUCAGCCAACUUUGCUGUUUAUACCGCACUUUUACUACCCAAGGAUCGUAUUAUGGGGUUGGAUUCCCCUUCUGGUGGCCAUGUGAGUCACGGGUACUACACACCCAGUGGAAAGAAGGUAUCAGGGGCAUCGAUUUUUUUUGAGAGCUUGGCAUAUAAGGUGAACCCGCACACGGGGUAUAUCGACUAUGAGAAGCUCGAGGAAAGGGCAUUGGAUUAUCGCCCCAAAAUAUUGAUUUGUGGUGGGAGCUCCUAUCCCAGGGAAUGGGAUUUUGCACGGUUCAGGCAGAUCGCAGAUAAGUGUGGGGCGGUUCUGAUGUGUGACAUGGCUCACAUCAGUGGUCUUGUUGCUGCUAAGGUAUUUAAUUUCUCUUGGCGUAUGUCUUUUUGGUCUAUUCUAUUGAUUCAACUAAUGGUAUGGAUAUCUUAGUAUGCAAGUUUACUGUUAUGAGCAUCGCCCUCUUCUUAAAGUAAAGUUGAAUUUGCAUCUUUGGCUGGUGGAUUUAAACCACCACUUUCAUAUUAUAGAAUUUCGCACUAGAAAACGAUCACAGUAAUUAUUUGAGUCGUUAUUACGCUUUUCGAGUACGACUAUUCUAAGAAUAUGUGACUCAAAUUGCUAUUCUUUCACACUUGCAGUUCAUUAGAUGUAGAAUAGCCAUUGACGUAUCCCAUAUAAACUCGUGAACCACGUUAAUGUAAUUCAUUGUUCAUUCACGUUGCAUAUUCAAAUCCUCCUUAAAUUCAUAGAUUCUUCAUGGGUACCUGCUGAAUAGUCAGAUUGAGGAGGUAUAGCCAAAGUUGGAGAAUGUGGUCCACAGAAAACUCAGGAAUGAUUUGUUUUCUUCCCUUCAUGUAUGCUGAGUUGAUGAUAACAGUUUUUCUUUAAGAUCGGGGAAGGGACGUUGUUGCAAAGGAGAAGGAUGUGUUUGUGCUCUAGUUGACGGUAUCAUUGAUAUCUAAGUGAAUGGAGGCCUAUAAUCCUAGAAACAUCCUUCGUUACUUAUACCAUCUAUGUGGGUUACUUUAAUAUAGUUUUUUUCUUCAUAGAGGGUUGUAUAUUUGUUCUUAUAACGUGUAUUUUUGCUGAUUUUUCAAUCAAUCAGGCCGUUAGUAGUUCUUCAUGAAAUCUAGUGACAUAAAUCUUCCUCAUUUUUCUAGAAGGAGAUGAUGAAGGAAAGGCGCGAACAUUUUACAUAACGUCAGACCGUGUGGUUGUUCUGGCUGUGUUUUGUCUUCUCUGUGAUCAGUAAAUGUUUCUUGUUUUCUUCGUAUAACAUAUUAUUAUACAAGUGUACAUUUGCAUUCUGGGCGUCUAGAAAAGUUUUAAAAACAAUGUGCACAAGCUUACUGCAUCGGUUCCGAAUGUAAUAUUCCCAUCUCCAGAGCUUUGAAUUUUUUUACAAAAUGAGUCCAAUGAUAACAUUGGAGUCAUGAUGACGGAAAAUAGUCAAAAUAUUUUCUCACUAAAGUGACAACCAAAUCCUCGAGUACUUGGUUCAAAUUUUUUCUAUUUUCUCAUGCAGAAAAACGAGAAUCAUAUUUCCUAGUGAAAGAAGCUGAGGAUGGGUCAUGCGUUCUUCUCCAAAAGAAAAUAAUAGCUGAAAAUUUUCGGAACGAAUUCAGAUUAUCUUAGAAGUUAGGAGACUGCAGUCAUGUUUCUCUACUAUUUAUCCUGCGGAAUACCAUUCUCUAAAAUCUAUUCAUGCUUCUGUUUCCGAUAUUCGUUCCUUACGCUACAUUGAUUCUAGUUUAGAAAGUUAUCAUAUGAACUGCUUCUUGGUGACACCCAUCAGUCUGCUUCCUUCUCCCUCCUUUUUUUGAUAAUUAAGGCAUAAAUGCAAGAUACAUCAAACAGUGUUGUUUCGGGUCGCAGUUGCCUGAAUAUUGAUUGACAGAUGUCGUUCUUGAUAACAUUGGGGAAUACAUCUUGGCCCAUGCUUGUUCCUCAUCAAAUCAUUGAGUUGUAGAUCCUUCUCUCUCACUGAUAAUCUGAUUCAGAAUUAAGAGGGACGCUUUUGGCUUAAACCCUUUUGAAUUUACUUUUGUUCUUGCUCAGGGAUUCAAUCCCCCCCCCCCCAAAUUUCUCCAAUACAAUCUUACUCUAUCCCUUUUUUAUUCCCUAAUUUAUUUUUUCUCUCUCUCUAGAAGCUGCCUUUUGAAUACUAAAUUCAUAUCUCUAACCGUGAGAUCUGGUGCCUGUGUGACCCUGCAGGAGUGCCUGAGUCCUUUCGAUUACUGCGAUAUCGUCACCUCCACCACUCACAAAAGCCUCCGGGGCCCAAGGGGAGGCAUAAUCUUUUACCGAAAGGGCAGGAAGCAGAGGAAGCGGGGAAUAUCGCUCUGCCAAGCCGACGAGGGCGACCAAUACGACUUCGAGGACAGAAUCAACUUUUCUGUCUUCCCUUCCAUGCAAGGAGGGCCCCACAACAACCACAUCGCAGCGCUAGCCAUAGCGUUGAAGCAGGUGGCGACCCCCGAGUUCAAGGCCUACAUCCAGCAGGUGAAGAGGAACGCCCAGGCCCUGGCCUCUGCCCUGCUCAGAAGAAAGUGCCGACUGGUCACCGGAGGCACAGAUAACCACCUCUUGCUCUGGGACCUCAGAAACUUGGGCCUCACAGGUACUCAACCCCCCCCCCCCCUUCGUGAUCUUGAUUUUCGCCGGCGUAGAUUCAUAUCUGAGAGCAAACAAAACCAUGUAGAUGAUUUUGAUUUAGAUAGAUUGAGGAAACUGAAAAUGGGAUUCUUGCAUAGUAUGGGAUGAAGAGAAAAUGCUUUGCUUUGACUUCAGUUUUUACCAGAGUGUUGACCACCCUCGAUCGGGUCGGAUCGGGUCGUCUGAGAGAUCUUAGAAGGGAAAAAAAAAGUCAAAUAGCUUUUUAUUGGAAUUAUUUUUAGUGGGCGAUUUUGGGAGGGAGAAAAUCUGAGAGAAAAACAUGAAUUUCAUACAGAUCAUCGUCAUCUUCUUCUUCGUCAAAAUCCUCCGGCCCUCGAUUGUUUUUACCCUCAAUUGCUUGGGAAUUCUGGCAGGUAAAAACUUUGAGAAAGUCUGCGAGCUGUGCCAGAUCACGGUCAACAAGACCCCGAUAUUCGGCGACAACGGCACCAUCUCCCCCGGCGGAGUGAGAAUCGGUGAGCCCCCUCUCUCUCUCUCUCUCUCUAGAUAUAUAUAUAUAUAUAUAUAGUUGUGUGUGUGAAUUUGUUUUGGGGGGGCAUUUUCAGGGACACCGGCGAUGACGACGAGGGGGUGCUUGGAGGGGGACUUCGAGACGAUCGCUGAAUUUCUGUUGAGGGCGGCGCACAUCGCGAGCACGGUCCACAGGGAGCAUGGGAAGCUUCAGAAGGACUUCAUCAAGGGCCUCCAGAGCAACUGGGACCUGGCCGACCUCCGCAGCCGGGUCGAGGCCUUCUCCACCCAGUUCGCCAUCCCCGCCCUCGACGUGUGA